UUUAAGGUUCCGCGGACUGCAGGCGUUAGAAAAAGAGUCUGAAGUAGAGGGGCAGCUCCAAGGGUGAGCGGGUUCGGACCUGCGGCCCCGCUCCGUCUGCAGAUACCAAUUGUGUGAUUUGAAUCAGGAAUGACAUCUUCUGGGAGCCCAGGACAGAAGGGUUUUUGGUCAAGAUGGCAGACAAAAGACAGCAGGCACGAGUGCAGGGUGCCUGGGCUGCCCCUGCUAAGAAGCAAGCUGCUGCUCAGCCAGGUACCACUGCUGGGAGUUAUCUCCACCAGACCCCUGGUCAGACCUGGAGGAACAAGGAGCAGCAGCUAACUGACAGAGCAUUUGUGUUCAAAGAACCCCAGCAGGUGGUGCGCAGAGCCCCAGAGCCUCGAGUGAUUGACAGGGAGGGUGUGUAUGAAAUCAGCCUGUUACCUACAGGCGUCUCUAGGGUGCGUUUGUAUCCUGGCUUUGUUGACUCGAAGGAAGCUGACUGGGUGCUGGAACAGCUGUGUCGGGACGUUCCCUGGAAACAGAGGAUGGGCAUCAGAGGGGAUAUAACUUACCUGCAGCCAAGACUUACAGCAUGGUAUGGAGCACUUCCUUACACUUAUUCCAGAGUCACUAUGGAGCCAAACCCUCACUGGCACCCUGUGCUGCACACCCUGAAGUGCCGCAUCGAGGAGAACACUGGCUACACCUUCAACUCCUUACUCUGCAAUCUCUACCGCAACGAGAAGGACAGUGUGGACUGGCACAGCGACGACGAGCCCGCGCUUGGGAGGUGGCCCGUCAUCGCCUCGCUCAGCUUCGGCGCCACGCGCACUUUUGAGAUGAGGAAGAAGCCUCCGCCUGAAGAGAAUGGAGACUACACCUAUGUGGAAAGAGUCAAGAUACCCUUGGCUCACGGGGCCCUGUUGAUCAUGGAAGGAGCUACACAAGCUGACUGGCAGCAUCAGGUGCCCAAAGAGUACCACUCCAGAGGACCCCGAGUAAACCUGACCUUUCGCACCAUUCAUCCGGACCCCAGAGGGGCACCCUGCUGACCUGAGCACUGUGGAGAAGCCAUCAAGCGCAGUGGCUGAGCCUGUAAGCCUCCGGCCCUUCAGCUAGAAGACGCUCCGGCAGGCUGCUGCAGUUUAUCCCAUGAUGCAGCUGUUUGGAAGACAGUGGCAUCUGCCUCCCAGCUCACUGUCCCAUUAAAUGAGAGGCCCAGCAGUUAGUCGUUAUAUGCCCACUGUGGGAGCAAUUGUUCCAAAUCACAUCUCAAAAUUGUGCAUUAUCUUUAGGCAAAUUAAAAAACACUGUGGCUGUGCCCUCAGGUGAUUUGGCCAUAAUCUGUUUGUCUGCUGCCCUCCCCCUGCAAUCUGAAGGAAUGCGAACAGCCUCAUGUCUCUGGAGAAAGUCUGCACGUGUUUGCUUCUUGUGACGUCUGUGGAGCGGAGAUAUAAAUACUUGUCAGCAGCCCUAGAGCCUUCCGUAGGCAGACAGCUGCAGAAACCCAAACAGAGGUGGCUUCGGAGCUUUGCUGUUGUCUUGGCACUGUCACUUCACGGCCUGUGUGAUAUGUAAUGGAAAGCUGUAUACUCAGGGGACACAGUCUAACCGUCUUCCUGGGACAAGUUGGGGAUGAUCCUCCACAUGAAGGGUAGAGGCAGGGUGCUAUAAUCCUCACCUGGGGUAGUCACCUGGAUGCCUGUAAUACCAGAAAAUAUGGUCACCUCAGGGAAGGAAAAAGAGCCGAAGAGGCAGGAGAAGUAGGCUGUGAUGCUGGCAGUUGCUGCCCAGUUAGUGGCAGCUGUUCCACAGAUUGCUCUCCCCACCCCCGGGGCAUCGCUUGAGUCACUCAAAGCCAGCAGAUAGGAGUGAGGCCGACCUCCAGGGAAUAGACAGAAUGAGCUCAUCUCCCCCUACCUUUGAUCCAGCAGCCCCGUGACCAAGGCUUUUUGUGACUCAGUGUUCCCUUGCAAUCUCCAAAGUGCAAAGGUUACCCUGUGAUGUCACCAGGGUUCCCAAAACAGAACAGAGUGGCUGCCCCUUCUUGCAUCAUAGAAGCACGUGUCUCCUUGACCUCUUGCCUCAGGAGCAGUGUGCCAGGUAAACACACUGUUGUUCAAAUAAACUUAAUAGAUGAAAGUAGGGCAGAGGAGUUAGAGUUUCUCUCUGCCUCUGGGGAAAACACACAGCACCCUCUUGCUUUUCAUCCUGCUUCCUUUCAUUGAUGUAGAACCAGUGAUCCCAAUUGUGAAGUACCAGCAGUG